CGUCGCUAUGCAUCAUUCUACAUAUCAAACGUCUUUCCCAUGCGUAUCGCCUACUGGGACCCUCGACCGGUAUGGGCCACUCUUCGUGAAGAGACUUUGAUGGAACGUCUUCACGAUAUUUCGUCAAAAGUCAAGGGUCAUGGGUUUAAAGUGGAAUCGUGGGAGGUAGCGAGGAAAGAUGGUGGUGUUUUCCUUCAUUUCUCUUAUCUCCCACCUUCAUCGACCCAUAUCGAACAUGAAGAAGAGAGUGAGAUCGGUAGACUUACAGGAUUACCAGAAAGUAGUGGGGAUCCGUAUAGUCCUGGUAAACUCUUUUUGGAACAAUUGGUAGAGAGUGCGAACAAACAUGGUGGAAUGCCGAGUUGGAUAGGACAAUGGUGGGCAAAUUCAAUGUAUGGUCAGAAAGGUGUAGCGGGACAUACAAUUUACACCGCUGAAGCUGGAAAGGUCCGAAGUGUCGUCGAAGAAGAAGAACGGGGGGUUGUGAAGACCGGCGAGAGUGGGUUGAACGGAGUUCAGACUGCUGGUGGCGGACGAAGGGCUUGGGUUGUGAAAGGGAGACAAUGGACAGAGGACAUGAACCGCUUUCCCUCUCAACGCCUUAGAGUCGAGUUUGAUGGACCGGACGUAUCUCAAGAAAUGCUGUAUACAUUGUUUAGACCAUAUGGGAGAUUACAUGGGUACUCCACCCCCACUAACACUGGCGACCACACACUAAGGGCAUCCGGAUCAGACCCAUCAAUCCCUCUAUCCCGUCUGAGGAUAUACUACGAACGUCCACUCAAGGCUCACGCAGUACGAGAUUGGAUCAGUGGACAUCCUCGGAUAGCCUUGCCGGUCAUCGCUUUCCUCAUCGGAACAUUGAGCUAUACCUUCUUUGACCCUAUCAGAGCAUUCUUUGUUAGAAGUAAAUUGGAAGGAGUGUGGGACUUGGAGAAAUAUUCCGUGAUUAAAUACCUCCGUUCCAAACUGUCCCUCUCUUCACUUGGCUUCCGUUCGUCACCUCCUUCCCUCCCCGACGCAAUAGGUAAAGACGCCUGGCAGGAUCGAGUAGAGGCUGAGAAAAGUGUCCAGAGAUGGUUGGCAGAAUAUCCCAGUACUUUCAUUACUAUCACCGGACCUUCGGGAAGCGGGAAAAUGAGUCUCGUCACUAGAGUGUUGGGUAAAGCCGAGAAGCCAAAUUUGGUGAUUGAUUGUGGUGAGAUUGCCAAGGGUAAAUCGGAUGGAGCGGUAGUCAGUGCUUUGGCCGACCAGACGGGAUACUACCCCGUCUUCUCCUUCUUGUCUUCGUUGAACGGUCUGAUAGAUCUCGCUUCUGUCGGUCUUAUUGGUCAGAAAGCCGGUUUUUCAACACCCGUAGACCAACAACUCCGUCAAAUGCUAGAAAUUGUCGGUGGAGCACUCAAGGACGUUUCUUCCAAAGCCAGAGAAGAUCAUGCCCGGUCUGUCCAAUAUAAACGCGAACAAGAGCUGGUCGCUGCGGAUCACGCACGUCGAAGGGAGAUGAUCAUCCGUGGAGGAUGGCAUGACGGUCGACUGGACUGCAUAGCGGGUAAUGGACCCAUUGCAGAGUUAGGUAUGGGGAUCGAACCUUUCUCUGAAUCCGACUUGAUCUCCACCCCAUUCUCACCUUCCACCACCGGGAACCCCACAGCAAGCGAGAAUCCAAUUACCCCAAGCACAGACCUCAAAUCGGAGGGUACAGGGGAUAUGGACAUCGAUGCGGAAUCUGAAUUCAUACGAACUUUGCCUAUCGUAGUAUUGAAGAAUUUCUCACAGAAAACGGCCAAAGGGGAUUUAUGGAGUGUUUUAGCGGAAUGGGGCGCUAGUUUGGUGGAUGGAAGAGUAGCGCAUGUCAUAGUGGUCACAGAAUCAGCUCCUGCGUUGAAAUCUUUGACAAAGGCUCUUCCGGCCAAACCAUUGAAUGGAGUAGGGUUAGCGGAUGCGGACGAGGAGAAUUCUUUGAAGUAUGUGGAAGAGAAAUUGAAAUCUGGUAUCAAAGGUGAUGGAGAGGUUUCUCAAGAGUCUUCCUCCUCUCUUUCUAAAGUCAACUCUAAAACUGGACCGAAAACGAAAACAAUCGGUUCAACAAGUGGUCUCUCACUUGAAGAUGAAGAACAAAUCAAAAAGCUAGGAGGAAGAAUGGUCGAACUUGAAACCCUUGUAUAUAAAGUCAGAACUGGAUCAAAUAUCAAAUUGGCUGUGGAAGAUAUAGUUCUUCGACAUGUGGUAGAAUUAAGGAAAGCGGCUUUUGGGGAUGAUGAAAAUGAUGCUAAAGGUUUACCUUGGAAUAGGAGUCAAGCCUGGAAAGUUGUUAAUGAGUUGGCAAAGUCCGGCGAGUUGUCAUACGCUAGUCUACUUCAAAACUUUCCUUUCAAAGGAGCUGAAUCAGCUUUGAAAGCGAUGGAGGAACACGAGUUGGUUUCUAUUGGGUAUGUGGAUGGAAGGGCGGAUGUGGUAAGACCUGGAAAACCUGUUUUCCGUUAUGCAUUUGAAGCUUUGGUCAAUGACCCUACAUUCCGCGCAUCAUGUCAGAUAGACUAUAACACAGCUCUCAUCUCCACAGCUCAAUCAACUAUCAAAUCAUGCGAAGAAGAACUUCUCACUCUGAAGGACAUAGUCUCGGGGGGUGAAGAUAAACUAGGUCUUUCGUCUGGGUUCAUGGGUUUAGGAUCAGGUUCAGCUGUUAAAGAGAGAGCUAGAUGGUUGUUGGAAAAGAUGGGUAAAAGUGUGGAACAAUUGAAAGUGUGGGAAGCGGAGAAUGGGGAGAUGAUAAAGGUUUUAGAAGGUAAGAUGGGGAGGGUCAAGUGAGAUUGGAACCCCUUGCUCUAUUGAAGACAUGUAUGAUCUAUCUCUCUUUUUUGUUGAUUGAUAUGCACUUCUCACAUGGGUCUUC